GUAAAAAUAUCUCGACAGAAUAACUUCCCUAUGAAAGGCUGUUCUGUUCGACGGUUUCCACCCCAUUCUGCACUACGCCCGUUUACUUCAUAAAGCUCAAGUGCAACUAUUUUCUCUCUAGAGCAUUCUACUACUGUAUUUGUUUGAUCAGUUCCCGUAAUAUUGUCAAUAAUUUUCGUUUGGUUAUCGAGGAAAAAAAUGGCUGGAAAAGGACAAGGACCCGCGAUCGGGAUAGAUCUCGGAACGACUUACUCCUGCGUGGCUGUUUGGCAGCAUCAACGCAUUGAGAUUAUAGCAAAUGAUCAAGGGAACAGGACGACGCCAUCUUACGUUGCCUUCACAGAUGCAGAACGUUUGACCGGCGAUGCUGCGAAGAAUCAAGUUGCCGUGAACGCAACUAACACUAUUUUCGACGCGAAGCGUCUAAUCGGAAGAAGGUACAACGACACCACAGUUCAGAGUGACAUCAAACUAUGGCCAUUCAAGGUCACACCCGGUCAAGACGACAAACCAAUGAUUGGAGUAACAUACAAGUAUGAAGAGAAGCAAUUCUCUGCCGAAGAAAUCUCCUCAAUGGUCCUCGUAAAAAUGAGAGAAAUUUCAGAGGAUUACCUCGGCACCACCAUCAAAAAUGCCGUCAUCACCGUUCCUGCCUACUUCAAUGAUUCUCAGAGACAAGCCACCAAAGACGCCGGCGCCAUUGCUGGCCUCCACGUCAUGCGGAUAAUCAACGAGCCAACUGCAGCCGCCAUUGCUUAUGGUCUCGAUAACAAAACCAGUAGCACCGGUGAGAAAAAGGUGCUCAUAUUCGACCUUGGGGGCGGAACAUUCGACGUCUCUGUAUUAACCAUGGAAGAGGGUAAGUUCGAGGUUAAAGCUACGGGUGGGGAUACCCAUUUGGGGGGUGAGGACUUCGAUAACAGGAUGGUGAACCAUUUUGUUCGGGAAUUCAAGAGGAAGCACAAGAAGGAUAUUAGUGGGAACCCAAGAGCUUUGAGGAGGUUGAGGACUUCUUGUGAAAGAGCAAAGAGGACUCUUUCAUCGACAGCUCAAACUACGAUUGAGAUUGAUGCGUUAUACGAGGGCAUUGAUUUUUUCUCCGGGGUUACUCGGGCCAGGUUCGAGGAGCUGAACAUUGAUUUGUUCAAGAAGUGUAUGGAGCCAGUGGAAGAGUGUUUGAGGGAUGCGAAAUUUGACAAGAGCAAUGUCGACGAAGUGGUUCUUGUUGGUGGGUCCACUAGGAUUCCAAAGGUCCGGCAAUUGCUGCAGGAUUUCUUCAAUGAGAAGGAGCUUUGCAAAAGCAUUAACCCUGAUGAGGCUGUGGCUUAUGGUGCUGCGGUUCAGGCAGCGAUUUUGAGUGGUGAGUGGAUUGACAAGGUUCAGGACUUAGUACUGGUGUUGGAUGUCACUCCGCUUUCCCUUGGUUUGAAUGACGGUAGUGGGGUUACGAAUGUUUUCAUUCCGAAAAACACCAAGAUUCCUACGAAGAAAGAGCAGGAUUGGCAAACUUGCUUGGAUAACCAAACCAGUGCUUUGUUUCGAGUCUAUGAGGGGGAAAGCACUCAAUCCAGAGACAACAACUUGUUGGGCCAAUUCAGAGUGACUGGAUUUCCUCCGGCUCCUAGGGGCGUCCAGAGGUUCAAUGUCUGUUUUGACAUUGAUGAGAAUGGUAUUCUGAAUGUGUCUGCAGAGGACAAAACUAUGGGACAGGUGCAGAAGAUCACGAUCACCAACGAUAAGGGUAGGUUGUCUAAGGAGGAGAUUGAGAAAAUGGUGCAGGAGGCUGCGAAGUACAAGUUGGAAGACGAGGAGCAGAAGAAGAAAGACGAGGCGAAGAACGCGUUGGAGAAUUACGCUUAUAACAUGAGGAGCGCUAUUAACGAUGAGAAGAAUGGCGAGAAGAUUCCUCGGGCUAACAAGAGGAAGAUUAAAGCGGCGCUUGAGCAGGCAAUUCAGUGGUUGGAUGAGAACCAGCUCGCUGAGAGGGAGGAGUUUGAGGAUAAAAUGAAGGAGUUGGAGGGCAUUUGCCACAAUAUUGUGGAGCUUGAUUAAGAUGUUCCAAUCUUCAGCUUGAGGAUUUCAGUAAUGCCGAUCAAAAAAAAGCUUUAGGAUUUCAGUAAUUCCUCUUUGUCCACUGCAAACUAUGAACAUGUAAAACCUUUCGGGUAUUUCUUUUCUGUAUUUUUGUGUUUUGGUUUUUUGGUUUCGCUUCAGGCAGAACUACAUAUUGCGUCUUUACUAUGUCAUUGCUUUCGGCUGCAACUUGAAGGUGAAAGUGUUCUGUGAAACCGUUGGACUUGAUCUCUUUUUGGCUUUGCCAACAAAAUUUUUGGAUUACUACUCUUUCAGCAAAGGAGUCUGUGAUGAUUCUCUGGUGGGAUUUCUACAAGCAUAUGAGCAACAAGUGAAGUAAAAAAGUGCUACAGAAACUGUUUCUUUCUUGGCUGACUACGAACUUCAGUGAAGCCAUUAUUCUAGGUAGUACUCAGUGGAACUAAACUGUUAUAGAAAAGAAACGAAUAUGUAAUCCUUCCAUUCUCAAGAGUUUUUGCAUCCACUUUUCUUAGUCAAUAUAUAGAAUCAUUUCAUUGCA